ACUUUUCCAUGAUUGGGUUCAGCCCCUAUGGUUCUUACUGGCGCCAUGUGCGCAAAAUCGCCACGGUGGAGCUCCUCUCUUCGCAUCGCAUAGACACUCUGAAGCACGUGAUGGAUGCCGAAGUGAAAGCAGCAAUGAGGGACAGUUACAGUUUGUGGUUGAAGAAGAAAGACGGCGGUUCUGAAAUGAAGAGGUGGUUUGGGGACAUAACAUUGAAUAUAAUGUUCAGGACGGUGGUAGGAAAACGUUUUGGCAGUGACGGCGGUGUGAAUGAAGAGAACGAACAGCUACGAAAGGCAUUGAGGGAGUUGUUUGAUCUGAGCGGUUCAUUCGCAGUUUCUGACUCUCUGCCAUAUCUAAGAUGGUUAGAUUUGGAUGGUAUCGAGAAGAAAAUGAAGAGAACGGCAAAAGAUUUAGAUGGGUUUGUUCAGAAUUGGCUUGAAGAACACAAACGCAACAGAGGUUGUGAUUUAGGUGAAGGAAAACAUAACCAGGACCUGAUGGACGUGCUUCUUGGGCUUGCCGAACAAGGCGAAGAGUUUGACGGUCAUGACCCUGAAACCACAAUCAAAGCCACGUGUCUGGCUUUAAUUUUGGCUGGUUCAGAUACGACAACAGGAACAUUAGUAUGGGCUCUCUCGUUACUUUUGAAUAAUCCUGAAAUUCUGAAAAAAGUGAUCUAUGAAUUAGAUAAAGAAGUUGGGAGUGAAAGGAUGGUAGAGAUGUCAGAUUUAAAGAAGCUAAAGUAUCUUCAUGCUAUCAUCAAAGAAACACUGCGUUUAUAUCCAGCAGCACCACUUGGUGUGCCACACGAGUCCAUGGAAAAUUGCACAGUGGGUGGAUAUCACAUAGCAUCGGGCACACGUCUUUUGACUAAUCUUUCAAAACUUCAAAGAGAUCCAUCUUUAUAUGAAAAUCCCCUUGAAUUUUGUCCAGAAAGAUUCUUAACAACCCACAAGGAAGUGGACGUGAAGGGUCAACAUUUUGAAUUGAUUCCAUUCGGUGCAGGUAGAAGAAUGUGUCCUGGGAUAUCUUUUGGUCUUCAAGCGAUGCAACUCACACUUGCUACCUUAUUGCAUGGAUUUGAUAUUGCAACCAUUGAUGGAAGACUUGUUGAUAUGGUUGAACAGAUUGGUUUAACCAACAUUAAAGCUUCUCCCCUCCAAGUCAUUCUUACUCCCCGACUAUCUUCUCAUAUUUAUGAAUAAUAAGCUUGUAGUUUAUUUAGCUAUUAAAAUGUGUAAGGAAUUGAAUUUAAUCAUACAAUAACACGAAUAAAUAAUCAUCACUGUUUUAACUA